UAAGCUUUUUUCUAAAAACAGUAGAACUCAGGAAUACUGAGGCUUCUUUUGAUAUCUGUAGUUAUUUAGGAAACAGAUACAUUUGCUUUGAAAUUACUAGCUGCCCCAAAUUGACAUUUAAGCUACUCAAUGCCAUUGGGGAAAAUUCUGCAGGAAAAAAAGCUGAAAUACUGAGGAGACAGAAGCACUGAAGAUUCAGUCUUUAAAGUAAAACAAAGAAGAAAGAUCAGACAACUUUUUGAAAUAGUCAUAUAAUAUUCAUCUUAAUCUCUAUUCAGCCCUCCUCUUGUUUAACUACGUUAGCAGCCAGUUAUCUAAAGGAGAGGGGGGAGGGAAAAAAAAAAAAAGAAGGAAAAAGGUGAGGAGAGGGGAUUUAAAAAAAUAAAAAUAAAAAGUGAGAUCCCUGUAAUAUCACCUCGAGCCACUAGGGGUAUCUUUGUACCAUUUUUCAUCCUGCACCGAUUUGGAGUAGAAACCUAUAUUAGGGGAAAACCAGGGUCCUCGGCAUUUUUUUGCGAGCAGUGCACCCAGAAUCCAAAAAGAUUUUUUUUUUUUAAAGAAGAAAGAAAAAGAAAGAAUCCACAGUUCUUUUGGUCACCCGAACAGGGCUACGAAAUCGCUCUACUGGACAUCAGCACCAGGGAUUCAUUUUUGAGGUCAAUUUCCAAUCGAGAUAAAUCUAUUGGAUUAGUAGGAUUAUCUGAUUGCAGCUGAAAGAAGUAACGUUGUUUGAUCAUUUGUAUUUCUUGCCUGAUGGUCGGAUUUACAUGGAGGUGGCUUUGGGUCCCAAAGAUUCCGGAUCGUGUUUGCAUCUGGAGAGAAAAAAGGAUCAAUCGAUACGUUUUGGAAGUGUCCGUGGGUGAAUAAAAAAAAAAAAAAAGGAAAGAAAGAAAGGGGGGAGCACAAAACUGGGGUUGCGGCUGCUUAAAGAAGAAAAAAAAAAUAAAGGAGGCAUCUUCGAAUCUGAAGCAAGAAUUGCUGGGUGCUCGAGAUUCCGAAAAAAAAAAAGCGUCUAGGAACUGGUAAAUACUUUGAGCAAUUCAGCUUGCAUUUACGGCGAAGUGCUGUAGAAACUGUCUCCUUCAAUUAUUGGAAGGGGACCUGGGGAAGAUGAGGGGCUCCCUCUGUGGAUUUAUCUUACUGAGGGAUAUAGACCUGAAGCUAACUGGAUUUGAUUUAUAAGAGGGAAAUGUACAGUCAAUGGCCACUCUCGUCACAUUGCUACUGUGGAAAACAGAAUGAUCAAUAGGAUAUGGUCUGAUAAAUAGUGAUGACUGAAGAUACUACUUCAAUACGUGUGAAAUCAAUGGGAGAUACUGGCUGCAUGAAGAGCUUUCUGAGCUUUUCUUGACAAGCUCACCUUUAAGAAAUCGGAGGUGUGUUCUACCAUUAGACAAUCUGUCUCAAGUGGAUACAAAUACCUUCGCCUCACUGUAACCAGACAACUACACAACUAAUGUGGGACCAUGGCACUGCCCAGAUGCACGUGGUCAACUUAUACUUGGAGAGCAGUAAUGGCGUGCUUGGUCCACAGGGGAUUGGGUGCCUCAUUGACCCUCUGUUUGCUGGGCUGUUUGCUUCAGGCUGCCCAUGUGCUCUCACAGAAAUUGGAUGAUGCAGACCCUCUGGUGACUACCAACUUCGGCAAGAUAAGAGGGGUUAAGAAAGAACUCAAUAAUGAAAUUUUGGGUCCUGUUAUUCAGUUUCUUGGGGUUCCAUAUGCAGCCCCGCCAACAGGGGAACAUCGUUUUCAGCCUCCAGAACCACCAUCUCCCUGGUCAGAUGUCAGGAAUGCUACUCAGUUUGCACCUGUGUGUCCCCAGAAUAUCAUUGAUGGCAGAUUGCCAGAAGUCAUGCUUCCUGUGUGGUUUACUAAUAACUUGGAUGUGGUUUCAUCAUACGUACAAGACCAGAGUGAAGAUUGCCUGUAUUUAAACAUAUAUGUCCCAACUGAGGAUGUAAAAAGAAUAUCCAAGGAAUGUGCCAGAAAACCCGGCAAGAAAAUAUGUAGAAAAGGAGGUCCCCUUACAAAGAAACAGACAGAUGAUUUAGGUGAUAAUGACGGUGCUGAAGAUGAAGAUAUUCGGGACAGUGGGGGUCCCAAACCAGUGAUGGUGUAUAUCCAUGGUGGCUCAUAUAUGGAAGGGACUGGAAAUUUAUAUGAUGGGAGUGUCUUGGCAAGUUAUGGCAAUGUGAUCGUCAUCACAGUCAACUAUCGACUUGGAGUACUUGGUUUCUUGAGCACAGGGGAUCAGGCUGCAAAAGGAAACUAUGGACUCCUUGAUCUCAUACAGGCUUUAAGAUGGACUAGUGAGAAUAUUGGAUUCUUUGGUGGUGAUCCCUUAAGAAUCACUGUUUUUGGAUCUGGCGCUGGGGGUUCAUGUGUCAAUCUGCUGACUUUAUCCCAUUAUUCUGAAGGUAACCGUUGGAGCAAUUCAACCAAAGGUCUUUUUCAACGAGCAAUAGCUCAAAGUGGAACAGCCCUUUCCAGCUGGGCUGUUAGUUUCCAACCUGCAAAAUACGCUAGAAUGUUGGCCACAAAAGUUGGUUGCAAUGUUUCAGAUACAGUAGAGUUAGUGGAAUGCCUACAGAAGAAGCCUUACAAAGAACUUGUUGACCAAGAUAUUCAACCAGCACGAUACCACAUAGCCUUCGGACCCGUGAUUGACGGUGAUGUAAUUCCGGAUGACCCUCAGAUAUUGAUGGAGCAAGGAGAGUUUCUCAACUAUGAUAUAAUGUUAGGAGUUAACCAAGGGGAAGGGUUAAAAUUUGUCGAAAAUAUAGUAGAUAGCGAUGAUGGUAUAUCAGCUAGUGAUUUUGACUUUGCUGUUUCCAAUUUUGUUGAUAAUUUAUAUGGAUAUCCUGAAGGCAAAGAUGUUUUGAGAGAAACCAUUAAAUUCAUGUAUACUGACUGGGCUGACCGUCAUAAUCCUGAAACCAGAAGGAAGACAUUACUGGCUUUGUUUACGGACCAUCAGUGGGUGGCACCAGCUGUAGCUACAGCAGAUCUUCACUCAAACUUUGGUUCACCUACAUACUUCUAUGCCUUUUACCAUCAUUGCCAAACAGAUCAGGUUCCAGCUUGGGCUGAUGCAGCUCAUGGAGAUGAGGUUCCCUACGUACUAGGAAUUCCCAUGAUUGGACCUACAGAGUUAUUUCCUUGCAAUUUCUCCAAAAAUGAUGUGAUGCUGAGUGCAGUCGUAAUGACAUACUGGACAAAUUUUGCUAAAACUGGUGACCCAAAUCAGCCAGUCCCUCAAGACACAAAAUUCAUCCAUACCAAACCCAACCGCUUUGAAGAAGUAGCAUGGACCAGAUAUUCCCAGAAAGACCAACUCUAUCUCCAUAUUGGAUUAAAACCGAGAGUUAAAGAACAUUACAGAGCCAAUAAGGUGAACCUCUGGUUGGAGCUGGUACCUCAUCUGCAUAAUCUCAAUGACAUUUCUCAGUAUACCUCGACAACAACUAAAGUGCCAUCAACUGACAUCACUUUCAGACCCACAAGAAAAAAUUCUGUACCUGUCACAUCAGCCUUUCCCACUGCCAAGCAGGAUGAUCCCAAACAACAACCGAGUCCAUUUUCAGUGGAUCAAAGGGACUACUCCACAGAGCUGAGCGUCACGAUUGCGGUUGGAGCAUCACUGCUGUUUCUGAACAUCUUGGCCUUUGCAGCCCUGUACUACAAAAAGGAUAAGAGGAGACAUGAUGUUCACAGGAGAUGCAGCCCUCAGCGCACGACUACCAAUGAUCUGACCCAUGCACAAGAAGAGGAGAUCAUGUCCCUCCAAAUGAAGCACACUGAUUUGGAUCAUGAAUGUGAGUCCAUCCAUCCACAUGAGGUGGUUCUUCGGACCGCCUGUCCCCCAGAUUACACACUAGCUAUGAGGAGGUCACCUGAUGAUGUUCCUUUAAUGACACCUAACACCAUUACAAUGAUUCCCAACACUAUACCAGGGAUUCAGCCCUUACACACAUUCAAUACAUUUACUGGAGGACAGAACAAUACUCUGCCCCACCCCCACCCUCACCCCCAUUCACAUUCAACAACCAGGGUAUAGCCAGAUAAGAGAAACAAACUCUAUUUUUUGAUGGACUGCAGUAAAAGAGUACUGAAGAUUCCUUGGCUUUCAACCUACAAGACUCUUACUAUUUAAAUAAGGAGGAAUAUUAUGUGAAUAUACAUAUCAAGAACUUUGGGGGUUUUGAAAAAAUUGAAUUGUACAUAUAUACACAAAUCAACUUUAAAAACGAAUUUCAAUUGCUCGAAGCAAUUGUUCUGAAUGAUACUUUUUCAUUCACAUUCAAGAAUUAAUUUUUUGAAGAUUUAUGUUACAUAAUGGAAUUAGGCAUGUGGAACAUCAAACAGGAAAGAACUAUGUCUGAAAUAUAAAAAAUAAAAAUAAAAAAACAACCAUGAAUAUGCACAAGGGACACACCAAUGGAAUGUCAGAUAAUUUUCACCAGGUUUUAUUUGGAGCAGUUUUAUUGUGUAGACCAUAUUUACAUAUUUGGAUAAGUACACAAAGCACCAAUGCUGUUAAUGGCCUUAGCAGAGGCUCAUGCUGAAAUUUGCCAGUAAAACAAAGAAGUUUAAAGACUGGCAGGUACAACAUUAUCACAUAAGUGCUGUCAGUAUAAAGUUGUGGGGAUAAAGGAAACUGGAUAUUUUUAGCACGAUGUGCAUGAUAAUUUAUAUGCUUGGUGGCUGUGCUGCUGAUUAAGCCGUAAUUAAAAUCCUUCUCAUCUCAUUGGAGUUUUUAGUAGAAGCUUCCUCCAUCAAUUGGCAGAACCUAAAGAAGAUUUUAAGGGGCAAAAGUAACUACAAUAAAAUAAUUCACCGUAGUAUUGAUAAUAGAAGGAGUUAGUUAUUAAAGGUAUUUGAAGAAACUAUAGGUAUAGUGGUGAAUACUCGCUGAUAUGAAUCCCAGAAAAAAAUUUCCCGUGUUUUUAAUGUUCUUUUCAUUCCCAUCUAAAUAAUUUAGAGAAAUAGAACCCUAAUUGGAAAUGUGUUACGGGAUCUAUAAUUUGCUGUGGUUUUUGUUACUCUGUGUUUUGUUACUUUUGGUAAGGUGAAGUGUGUCCAAAGAAAUUACUUGCAAGUCUUUAUUAUGAUAUGAGGAUGCCCCAAAUUACCACUCUGAUUACAGUUCUCAGUUAAUUGAUUUACUCAUGUUGCAUGACAAAAUGUUUACUACUAAGAAUUCAAUAUAAAGUUAUGUCCCUCCUCACAUCACUUAUCUUUCUUACUGAGGUUCAUUCAUUCACUGGAAUUUACUCACACAAUCUCAGUAGAGUGCAACCUAGAUACAGACCUAAAAGGGGAGUCAACAUCUGGAGGAUUUUAGUCUUACACGUACGUGUGAUUUUAAGUGAAUAUUCUAAGACCACAGGAAACUCUUCAUUCCCUUGUUGUUUACCAGUAACAGUAUAUCACAGACCUUUCCAAAUGUUUGUAUAUGUAAUCAGAUGUACAUUUAUAUUAAAAAAAAAUUGAGAUGGACUUAAAGAGCACAUCCUGAUAAAUACUUUCUCUCUUACCUGUACUAUAUUUCUAUUAGACUAAAGUUAUGUGAUUUUUUUUUACAUUUUUUCAGAUGACUAGCAAUUUUGAUAGUUUGUAAGAUAAUGCAAAGAACUUUCUCUGACAAACUAACUGCAGUAACAGAAACCUUUCUUUUCAGUUACUCUUUUUCAAGAAUGAAAGCUUAUUAUACGAAAAAAAAAUUGUAUACUACUUGAUGGAAACAACUUUGUACAUCUUGGCCAUGUCACUGGUCAUUGCGUGAAAUAAAGAUAAUAAUGACUAUUAGUCCAAUGCUAAGAGACAUGAUC